GAGCAGGUGCGCCAGAUCCUCCUUAAGGAGGAGGCGUCUUCCGGCUCUGGCUUCGGCGGCGGACACAGCGCUCCUUCUUCCUCUUACGGCGCUCCCUCCUCCUCCUACGGCGUGCCCUCCUCUUCUUACGGCGUGCCCGGCUACAGCGGCCGCGUCGUCGACAUCAACCUCGAGGGCGUCCGUCAGGCCAUCCAGGUCGCGCAGUACGAGCAGUCCGGAGGCUCCAGCGGUGGCUACCCCUCCUCCUCCUACAGCGCCCCCUCGGGCAGCUACGGCGCCCCCUACUAA